CACGAAUCCAACAAACAUACAACUUCAGGAAAAACACCAACGAAGAAGAGGAGGUGAGCGGAAGGAGCUUCCAGUGUUAUUGGAGCAAGUUCAUUCGCAUCAGUCCACCGCCGUGUAGUCGCUGUUAUGGCUUUCCUCUGCAGAAGUGCUGCUUCUCUCCUGAAGUCCUCCCGAGCAGCGCCGGCCGUCCUGUCUGCUGCCCGCCUCUACAGCUCAGGUGGUCAGUAUGAGUACAUUUUGGUGGAAAAGCGAGGGGCGAAGAGUGAUGUGGGCUUCAUCCAGCUAAACAGGCCCAAGGCUCUCAACGCUCUGUGUGACGGGCUGAUGAAGGAGCUGGGACAGGCCCUGGAUGCCUUUGAAGCUGACAGCGAGGUCGGAGCUAUCGUCAUCACCGGCAGUGAAAGAGCCUUUGCUGCUGGAGCGGACAUUAAAGAGAUGCAGAAUCGAACUUUCCAGGAGUGUUACGGUGGAAACUUCCUGGCUCACUGGAACAGAGUUUCCACGGUGAAGAAGCCUGUGAUUGCUGCUGUCAAUGGGUUUGCCCUGGGUGGAGGCUGUGAGCUGGCGAUGAUGUGUGACGUCAUCUACGCCGGAGAGAAGGCGCAGUUUGGCCAGCCAGAGAUCCUGUUGGGGACCAUUCCUGGUGCGGGUGGCACCCAGCGGCUGACACGUGCGGUGGGAAAAUCCCUAGCAAUGGAGCUGGUUCUUACAGGAGACAAAAUUAAUGCAGAAAUCGCCAGGCAAUCAGGACUAGUGAGUAAAGUUUAUCCUGCCGACCAGUUGGUGUCUGAAGCUGUUAAAUGUGGUGAGAAAAUUGCUGCCAACUCCAAGCUGGUGUCUGCUAUGGCUAAAGAAGCUGUUAACGCAGCUUAUGAACUGACUCUGGCUGAGGGUAAUCGUUUGGAGAAGCGCUUAUUCCACGCUACCUUUGCUACAGAUGAUCGUAAAGAAGGCAUGACAGCAUUUGUGGAGAAGAGAAAGGCCAGUUUCCAGGACAAUUAGAAAAGAGCAAACCAAGAGCUCGGCCAAUAACACAAAGUUCCUGAUAUAAGCGAGUAAUUUCCUUAUCUGCAACAAGCUGAAUUGUGCAAAAAUCCUGAUUUUGUAUUGAUAUUGAUUCAUACAAGAUGUUUAGUUCAGGAUUUGGUACUAAGCGAUUGCACCAGAGUGUCUUAUCACAGUGAAGCUCUAUUUGCUAAGUUUGGUAUUAAAAAUCAAAAGCAGUCUGGGUGCAGGGCGUGCACUGGGUUUUGUAUUUGGAUAUCAUUUGAUAACUCUGCCGGUGUGCAAUAGGAGGAAUCAGUUGUAAUGACUUGACUGACUUUGCCUUUUUAUUUUACCUAUCAAAGGUUUUUCUGCAUUGUGAAGGUAACACACUUCUCUGUAUAUUUUUACAAAUAAAUCUCCAGAGUGCUUUUCAGCAAUGUGACUGAGAAAUUAACACAAAUGGAAAGAUUGGUCUGCUGUAUUUAUUAGAACACUGUUCAAGACCUUGGGAUGUUUCUACUCAUUUACAGAGUACUUUACUUUACCUGAGUAUUUCCAUUUUAUGCUACUCUGUACUUCUACUCCACUACAGCUGAGAGGUUAAUCGUGUACUUUUACUUUACUUUACUACAUUUAUUUAAUACCUUUUACUUAAAUUUACAGAUUUGGAUUGCUAAUGUGAAAUAAAAUCAACACUUUUUUAAGACUUCAGUUACACCUGGAGCAAAUUCAAAAACUACCCUGCAGCAUACAAAGUCAUUAAAAUGAGCUGCACCUGUACCAGCUUUGAUAACACUUAAAUGCAUCAAUAAUUAUAAUCAAAACAUAUAAUAAAUAUAAUUCUGAAAUGGA